GAAAAAGAAGAUCGUUCAUGUUCCAGAUUCAGUUGGCGGUCGAAAAGCGCCAAAUCAAAAAUACUGAGGGAAAUGCAUAAGAAUUUGAAGGGUCCGACUGAAGCCACUUGAAAGACUCGGUUAGUGUUCAAAAACAUGGAGGAACUCUUCAGCAAAGUGUUAAAAGUGAACGUGCAAUGCAGGGACUGUGAGGAAAGGAAAGCAAAUAUCCGUGUCACCAUUGUGCUUCAGAUGACAACAAGUCCAGUACACAAAAGGGAUCUUCUAGUGAAACUAACAGAUGAUGUAGAUCCAUUUUUUCUCUUCAACCUCUCUAUAUCAGAGGAAGAUUUCCAAAGUUUGAAAGUCCAGCAGGGGCUACUGAUAGACUUCACAUCAUUUCCUCAGAAGUUUAUUGACCUGCUUAAUCUAUGCUAUUCUGAACAAGAGUCAGACAAUCCAAGGUUCCUUCUGCACUUGUCUUGUCACUCUCCAGUUCUCGAAGGCCCUGGCAAUUUAAGUGUUGUGGAGACAAACGUAUUCAAACACCUGAACCACUUGUCUUUACGGCUUGCUCACGGCUCUGACAAAGAGAUCAAAGACUAUCUGGCAGUGUGUCUCUCCUCUCUGAAGGUGGAAAAGCAGGCCCUAGAGACAAAGCUUAAGAAGACUGAAGAUGAUCUGUCCAGACAGCUGAGUUAUGCUCAACAGACUCUCUCUGAGAAGACUAAAGAGUUGGACAAACUGCGCUCAGAGUGGACUAGUCAGACCAGCUGUCUGUCCAGCCGUCAUUCUCAGCAGUUACAAUCAGAAAGAGAAAAGGCUGUAGAGUUACAGAGUAGGCUUCAGCAGCAGACUGAACAGCUCCGUCAGGAACUGGAGAGUGCUCAUACCAAGAGCAGCCAGCAGCUUCAUAGCCGACUGUCGGAGUUGGAGGCAUCCUGCAAAGAGCUGACGGAGAGGAAAUACAAGAAUGAGUCUGUCAUCAGAGACCUGAAGCUUAAACUUGUGGGUGCAGAGGAGGAGUGCCAGCGUUCGAAUAAGCAAGUCCUGUCUCUCAGAAGGGAGAACAGCACUCUGGACACAGAGAUCCAUGAGAAGGAGCGUUUGGUGAGCCAGCUACAGAUGAGAGUGGCUGUCCUUGAACAGGAGAUCAAAGAUAAGGACCAGCUCAUGCACCACACAAAAGAGGUGCUAGAAGCCACACAGCAGCAGAAGGAAUCGGUGGAAGAAAAUGCUGAAAGUAAAGAACUUCAGAUUAGAAAACUUGAAGCAACAGUUCAAUCGCUGUCUGAGGAGCUGAUAAAGGCUAAUGGUAUCAUUAAGAAGCUGCAGGUAGAGGUUAGAGGCCUGGUUGGAAAAAUAAAAGUAAAAAACACUGUGACUGUGUCACAGGAGAAGGUCCUCAAAGAUACAUCAGACAAACUGCAACAUGUUGAAGAGGAUCUACAGAGCACACAACAGCAGCUCAUCAGCAAGAAUGAGCAGGUUUCAAAACUGAAAGAGCAGUUGGAGACGACAGUACAGAAGCUAAAUGAAAGCAGAGAGGUGUUAAAAACCAAUGAGAAUGUUAUAAGCUGGCUUAACAAGCAGCUAAAUGAAAAGCAGCUGUCCAGAAAGCCACCUGAAUCUUUGGAGAAUCCGUUGGUUUUAUCCACAACAACAGGAGUCACGGCACACUUUUAUCCUCAGACAGGCAAACCUGUGGUAUGUCCUGUGGCGGCUGCUGAUGUCACUCCUGCACAGCAAGCAGUGCAGCCAGCCAACAAACAGGCUGAAGACUGUGCCGGUCUGCACUCAAAGUACUUUGAGAGGAGAGAUGAUAGCAUCCCAAUCUAUGGUCUGUCAUCUAAUCACCUUCACAGAGAGUUCCCUCAGCAAACAAAGCCCUCCGUAGCUUCUGCUUACUUCUCUGCAUGAAGCAUGAAGCAAAUAAUCAGCACACAGAAUGCCGUUCAUCCCAGCUCCAAGUGGAAGUAAAACCUUUAAAACCUCACCUUCCACUUCAUAUUUUCAGCUCUUGUGCAAAACUGUUACUGACCUGCUGUGUAAAAUAAACUUGUUUGCAAUUGUUGCUAUUUUAAUUCAUGUGCUAAUGCUCUUCACACCUAACUUCUACUUUGUGAUUCAAGUAAAUGCUGUUCAAACUUUCCGUAUGGUGGAUUCCAGGGAUUGUGGGGACUGUAUGAAUAUCUUCAAAUCCAGAUUAUUCUAUUUUUACCAAUACUGUUCAUUAUAAUAUAAUUCAAUGUUUAUAUUGUGUUUUUGUUUUGUUUUAUUUCAGUAACAAAGUGAAAUCUUUAAUAAACAUCUUUUCCAUG